UACCGAUUUUUGUUUUUAACUCUCUGCAUCCCCACGACUGACCUGCCAUGAUGCCCGCGGAGGCGGCGAGCAGCGCGGCGGAGGCGGCGGGCGCUCCGCGGGAGCAGCAGCAGCAGCGGCGGCGGCGGCGGGGCCGUGCGCGGGCGCGCACCGAGGCGCUGCUGCACACGCUCAAGCGCAGCCGCCGCGUGAAGGCCAACGACCGCGAGCGCAACCGCAUGCACCACCUGAACGCGGCGCUGGACGCGCUGCGCCGCGUGCUGCCCACGCCGCCCGAGGACGCGCGGCUCACCAAGAUCGAGACGCUCCGCUUCGCCUACAACUACAUCUGGGCGCUCGCGGAGACGCUGCGCCUGGCCGAGCAGCGCCGCGCGCCCGCGCUGCGCCCCGCGCCGCCCAGCCCGCACAGCGACUCGGGGCUCUCGAGCGCCUCGCCCUGCGCGCCCUCCUCGCUCGGCGCGGGCGCCUCGGCGCCCAGCAGCCCCGCCACGUCCGAGGACUGCGCGUACGCGCCCGCCGAGGCUCUGCGCGCCUUCUGCGGGCUGCCCGGCGCGCCCCUGCGCUAG